GUCGCCGGCGUCCAGUUCCACGGGGCGCCUUGGAGUCCCGGAGCCGCCAUCGAGUCAGGACAGGGUCGCACCGAAGGCGCCGCCGCGAUGCAGCCUCCCCAGUGCUGGGAUUACAAGUGCGCACAAUCACACGCUGCCCCAGGGCCCUUUAUCUGUCCAGUUAUUCUGUAAAAUGAAGACACCCUGAAAAAGAGCCAAGAGCAGAGAUUCCCUCUCCUGUCAUCGGGAUCUUGGACAUCAGGAGAUGUCUCUGUGCCACAGUGUGUCAAGCCUUAUGAGGUCAGCUGUUUGAGGCUGCAAGCCGGGACCUCCUCAUCCCAACCCCUGGGACCCCACCAGGGCCGAAGCAGAGCCCGCCCAUCUCCUCCCCCCACUCCUGUGAUCCAGGCCUCAGUCAUCUCCUUCCUGUUUCCCAACAGCCCUCACCGUGGUCCCCUGCCCUCCCUCCAUCCACCCGACUGGACCUCCCUGAGGCCUACUCACCUCCAUCUUACGCAUUUCCUUAUUUCCUGCCUGGGCCCUAGGACGAUCCAGCACUCCGGCCUGUGUUGCCAGUCUCCCCAACACUCCCAGGCUGCCUCAAUGCCUUCCUGUGGAUUUCCUGUCUUCUAGAACAUUCCGCCCCAGGAGUGUGUACUUCAGCAUGGCCACACUUACUUCCUGGGUGCUGUAUACACUUCCCCCCCUUACCACUGCCUGCUGAUAUCUCUGUCCCCUCCAUUACCUCUCCCUUGCCCCAUUUUUCUACUACCCCAUCCUUUUUUCUUUUUCCAUCAGUAGGGCGUGAACCCAGAGUCUUUCCACUGAAUAUCCCUAGCCCCUUUGAUGCUAUCUUUCUAACUUUUGAAACAGGGUCUAGCUCAGUUGCCCAGGCUGGGCUUGAAUUUGGGGUCCUCCUGCCUCAGCCCCCCUAGUGCCGGGCUACACAUCUAUUCUUCCUCAUGUCCAGCUCAGUCCUGCAAACUCCUCCCUGACAUUCCUUUAAUCCCACCAUCCCCAAGCGCUUUCUUUCUCCCCCUCUUCUCCAGCCUCCCCUUUCCCUGCUGAGCCUUCCCAGGGGUUCAUUUUGAUCUCCUCUCUUCCUUGGAGCUGUCAUGUUCCCCUGAGCCUCCAAGGAGGGGGCUCGGGGGGCCCCGAUGGCCUCCUGCCCCCCACGGCCCGGCAGCCCCCACGCAGGGGAAGAGCCUGGGAAGCCGCAGCGCCCAGGAUGGGCAACGGCUCAUUGGAGGGCUGUCACGUGGACUCGCGCGUGGACCACCUCUUCCCCCCGUCGCUCUAUAUCUUCGUUAUCGGUGUGGGGCUGCCCACCAACUGCCUGGCCCUGUGGGCCGCCUACCGCCAGGUGCGGCAGCGCAACGAGCUGGGCGUCUACCUGAUGAACCUGAGCGUGGCCGACCUGCUGUACAUCUGCACGCUGCCACUCUGGGUCGACUACUUCCUGCACCACGACAACUGGAUCCACGGGCCAGGCUCCUGCAAGCUCUUCGGCUUCAUCUUCUACACCAACAUCUACAUCAGUAUUGCUUUCCUGUGCUGCAUCUCGGUGGACCGCUACCUGGCUGUGGCCCAUCCGCUGCGCUUUGCCCGCCUACGCCGUGUCAAGACAGCCGUGGCCGUGAGCUCCGUGGUCUGGGCCACUGAGCUGGGUGCCAACUCGGCGCCCCUGUUCCAUGAUGAGCUCUUUCGAGACCGCUACAACCACACCUUCUGCUUCGAGAAGUUCCCCAUGGAGGGCUGGGUGGCCUGGAUGAAUCUCUACCGCGUCUUCGUGGGCUUCCUCUUCCCCUGGGCGCUCAUGCUGCUGUGCUACCGUGGCAUCCUGCGGGCGGUGCGGGGCAGUGUGUCCACCGAGCGCCAGGAGAAGGCCAAGAUCAAGCGGCUGGCGCUCAGCCUCAUCGCUAUUGUGCUGGUCUGCUUCGCUCCCUACCACGUCCUGCUGCUGUCACGCAGUGCCGUCUACCUGGGCCGCCCCUGGGACUGCGGCUUCGAGGAGCGCGUCUUCUCUGCCUACCACAGCUCGCUGGCCUUCACCAGCCUCAACUGCGUUGCCGACCCCAUCCUCUACUGCCUGGUCAACGAGGGCGCCCGCAGUGACGUGGCCAAGGCCCUGCACAACCUGCUCCGCUUCCUGGCCAGCGACAAGCCCCAGGAAAUGGCCAAUGCGUCCCUCACCCUGGAGACGCCGCUUACUUCAAAGAGAAGCAGCGUGGCCAAGGCCACGGUGGGCAGCUGGAUGGCAGCAGCCCCCUCCCAGGGGGACCAGGUGCCACUCAAGGUGCUGCUGCCUGCACAGUGACCCCAGGCUCACACCUCUGCCGUGAUCCCUUCCCCAGGUCUGCUCUAUGCAAACUGUACAUGAGCAGGUCGGGGUUUGACAUAAUAGGACAAGUGUGAGGCUGACACAUCACCAUCAUCCAGCCCCUCCUCAUGACCCCCUCACAGUCCAGUUUCACCUUCCCCAGCGGGGUGGUGCACUGUCCUCGUGCAGUCCCAGGGCCUGCUGCUGCUCUGGGUCACACAGGGCUUCCUGGGGGACAGGAAGAGCUCAUGAAGUCAAAGAUUUGGUUUCCAGAAGGUAAAGACAAAAAGAAAGGAUUCUGGGCAGGAGGGAUGGCUCAGCGGCAUAAGCUCCUGCCUGGCAAGUGCAAGGUCCCAAGUUUGAUUCCCAGUACCACAAAAAAAGGAAAAGAAAAUAGAAAAAGGAUUCUUUCCAACAGGGGAAUAAGAACUACGACGCCAGCACAGGUGGGAAAAAUCACUGUGUGGUCAUUAUGUUUGCCCUUGGGAUGCCCUUGGCCCUGUGAGGGAGAGGGUGACAGAUUCUUGGAUUCUAUAGCAACCGUGUCCUGCAAGUAGGAGGAGGAGGAAGAGGAAGAGGAGGAGGAG